CUGAAGCAGAAGGAGUUGAGUCACAUGCAGGCGCUGGCGGAGGAGUGGAGGAGGAGAGAUCACCAGCGGGAGGCGCUCAUCAAGAAGAAGGAGAUGGAGUAUAAUCUCCUGGAGGAGCAGCUGCAGAAGACUCUGUCUGACCUGGAGAAGAGGGAGAAAGCUCUCGCUCACGCUGAGACGGAGACGCAGAGGCUGCAGCGAGAGCUGCGCGCCGAGCACGAGUUCAGCCUGCGGGAGCUACAGGACGGAGGCAGGCGUCUGCGCGAGGACUGCGCUCACCAGGUGGAGCUGGAGAGGUCAAAGGUCAGGCAGAUCGAGGAUCUACUGGCUCAGCAGCGACAGCAGGUAAACACAGCAGACGCGAGCUGUGACCGUGAUCUCUGGCCCUUUAAAGGCACGAGCCGGAGGGGUCUGGUGACCCUGGGGUCACGGGGUCAUGAGGUCACCCGGCUGAUGUCAAUACUCUCUAAUCCACUCGUUCUUAAGAGAGGAGUGAAGAGGUUUAGCGGUAAUCCA